UCGAUCGAGUACAGCUGAGCUGAUACAACGCGGCGAUAAUCUUGUAGUGCGGUUAUAACCUUUGAUUCGAUGCGAUCUGUGCUGUAAUCAGUGUUCUUCGGGCACUGCAGUUGGCUCUCCACGUGACCGUUAGUUCCAGGCGAACCUCCCGCCACGAGGAUAAACCCAAGCCCGAAAUCAGAGUGGUGCACCAGGCGAAGGGGAAAAUCAAACCUUCCCGCCCUCCUACCGGUUUUGUAGCCCCCCUCGAAAAAUAACUGACCGCGCAAGUUUUCGAGUUUCAAGCAUACGCCCCAAUAACUGCUGUCGCCCGCAUCAGCAGAACCAGAAAGAAAUCCAAGCCAGUACAGAACAGAAGUCGCGCAGAUAUGGCGGAGGCUAAAUCGGAGAAGUCGCCUUUUAUUGGCAAACAGCAGGCGCCGGUGACGCUGAAUCCCUCGUGGGAAUCCAAGCUGCCGCCCCACGAUUCCAAUGGCAAAGGAUCUACGUCGGUGCUGGCAAAACUGGGCCUGCCAGCGCCAAAGGAUAAAUUCCUUAUCGUGUUCUUUAUAUUCCUGCUGCACGGCGUGGGCACUCUGAUGCCCUGGAACAUGUUCAUUACGGCCAAGUCCUAUUUCGAGGACUUCAAACUUGGACCGAACAACACUGUGGCCACGGAAGUGAGUUACCGUUCCCAUUUCAUGCAGAAUAUGGGCUUCGCCUCGCAGAUUCCCAACCUGGUAUUCAACUGGCUGAACAUCUUUGUCAACUUGGGCGGCGACCUGACCACCCGAAUCGUCUACAGCAUCAUCUUCGAGAUGGUCAUUCUGCUGGUAACCAUUAUUCUGGCCAUGCUGGACUCCUCCCAGUGGCCGGGCACGUUCUUCUGGGCCACCAUGGUGUGCAUUGUGCUGCUGAACGUGUGCAACGGCAUCUACCAGAACACCAUCUACGGAAUUGUGGCAUCGUUGCCCAUCAAGUACACCGGCGCCGUCGUCCUGGGCUCCAACAUCAGCGGUUGCUUCACCACCGCCAUGGCCUUUAUCUGCGGAGAGAUCUUCUCGUCCAUGAGGACCUCGGCCAUCUACUACUUCGUGACCGCCAUCCUAGUGCUGCUACUCUGCUUCGACACCUACUUUGCGCUGCCGCUGAACAAGUUCUUCCGCCACUACGAGACCAUCAGCCGGAGCAGCGAAAAGAAAUCGGACUCUAAGGUGCAGCUUAACGUGCCUUACUGGCAGAUCUUCAAAAAAGCAUCGCCGCAACUAUUCAACAUCUUCCUCACGUUUUUCGUGACGUUGGCGGUAUUCCCGGCGAUUCAGUCCAACGUGCAACGCUCCGAUCCUGAUUUUGUGGUUGGCAAAUCACACUUUGUGCUGGUCACUUGCUUUGCGACCUUCAACGUGUUUGCCAUGCUGGGCAGUUUGACGACAUCGUGGGUGAAAUGGCCGGGGCCAAGGUUCCUCUGGGUGCCAGUGGUAUUGCGCCUGGCGUUCAUCCCACUGUUUGUUAUGUGCAACUACGUUCCGCCAGACUCGGUGCGCAAACUGACCGUAUUCAUCGACAAUGACUGGGUGUACUGGGGCAUCGGCAUCGCGAUGGCCUACAGCUCCGGGUAUCUCAGCUCUCUGGGAAUGAUGUACGCCCCGCAGACGGUGCACACCAAGUACCAGACCACUGCCGGAAUGUACGGAGCUGCCAUGCUGAUAACGGGCAUAUUCUCCGGAGUGCUGUUCUCGUACCUGGGACCAUCCUUCGUCGUGUAGUCUUACAUUAUUUCGUAUGACACUUACUAACAAUUAUCAUUGUUCAUUGCUUUGCACUUACUUGACCCAUAUUAAAUUUAGUUUUGUGCUCAAUACCAGUUUUAAGACCUGGCCAUUUGUUUCGGGUCAAUCAAUUAUUUAAAUUCUUUUAAUUUAAUAAAGGUUUUUUAAUUUGCUUUUUAAUACAUCAUGGAAAUUUUCAAAAGUACUGCAUCAUUAUGGACAUAGUUUCCGAAAUGCUGUUUGUAUCUGGGUCCAUAUUUCAUGGUGCCUUACAUUUCAUUGCUCACUGGUUUCUACGCAUUUGACAAAUAUUAAAAUUAGUUUUGCGCUCAAUUCUAGUUCUAGGACUAACCAAUCAUUUUAACACGUUUUAUUUAAUAAAAUUUUUCAAUUUGUAUUUUAUUACAUCAACGAAAUAAUACAAAGUUAGUGGUACAAAUUAAAACAACAAUAUACCUCGUAUCCAUGGGAAAAUUGUGCCGACAAAAGAGGAAAGGGAACUUGCAGAGUCUGACAAUUGGGUCCUAAUUGAUGUACAUAUAUGUAUCAAUUAGGAGGGGGUCUAACAAGUCAAUGGAAUAUUUGGUUCGUUUUAUCACAGCUUCAUCCGAUUGAAUGAAAUAACAAAGUGGCACAAUUAUGCACGAGCAAAGCAUUUAAUCAAUGCAUUCUUUUGGUGCCCACCGAAAUUGUGGACACUCUUGUAUUGAUAAAUAAAACUCAACAGAAAACGUAUAAAUAAAAUUAAAUUAAACAUGUUGUCAAAUGUUCUACUAAAAUAAUAAAUGUGCAGAAAACGGCCUUAUACAAAACUAA